AUGGCGCUCUACAACCAAACUGUGGAUUUCCUUUCCGGUGCCUUCUCGAACCGCCAGACCCAAAUCCCCUUGCUAGCAGUGACUGGGGCAUCAUUCACACUUGGUCUACUCGCUCGAUCGGUGUUCCCUCGAAACGAGCCGCUUCAAAAUGUUCUCGUCUCGCCUCGAUCGACAGUCUUGCCUGGCAUCUCCGAGUCAGAGAAUCGCCAGCUGCCUCUUCCGGCUGAUGUCCUACCCGGCGCUCGUGAUGUCGAUAGCCCGUACGGGUCGAUCCGAGUAUAUGAAUGGGGCCCGGAAGAUGGACCCAAGGUGUUGUUCGUGCACGGUAUCACCACACCGUGUAUUGCGCUCGGCGGGGUGGCCCAUGCGCUGGUGGACCGUGGGUGCCGUGUGAUGCUAUUUGACUUGUUUGGAAGAGGAUAUUCAGACUGCCCCGCCGAUCUUCCACAAGACGAGCGCCUCUUCUCGACGCAGAUCUUCCUCGCUCUGACAUCAUCGCCUAUCUCCUGGACAGGUGCAGACUCCGGUAAAUUCUGUCUUACUGGGUACUCGCUGGGAGGUGGUAUCGCCGCUGCCUUUGCAUCCUACUUUCCUCACCUUCUAUCGUCAUUGGUGCUCCUAGCCCCUUCAGGCUUGCUCCGCGACUCGCAAAUCAGUUUCCAAAGUCGACUCCUUUACUCAAAGGGUCUUAUGCCUGAGAAUAUCUUAACAUCCUUGGUUAGCCGCCGACUGAGGGCAGGCCCGUUAACAACGCCCAAGCCCAAGAAUAAGAAGCUCAAUGCUGCGGAUGCGCUCACCGAGGAAAUUCCUUCACAAAACGCUGCAGCAACCCAAAUUCUGUCCCGACGCUACCCCCAAAUCAAUAUCCCCUCUGUCGUGACGUGGCAGGUAAAUAAUCAUACUGGAUUUGUCCACGCAUUCAUGUCUAGCAUGCGCUAUGGCCCAAUUCUACGAGAGCGCCAGUGGAACAGAUGGGCACGUCUUGGCGAGUAUCUAACUGCACAGAACGGCACCUCAAGCAAUGAAAACAAGAGGCUGGCGGAUAACAAAGUUCACAUUCUGUGUGGUAACAAUGAUGCAAUCAUUGUCAAAAAUGAGCUUGUUCCAGAUGCCACGGCUGCCCUGGGUGGUAAUGUCAUCUUCAAGUUCUACGACGCGGGACAUGAAUUCCCCAGCACCAAGUACGAGGAAGUAGCUUCUUACAUCUUUGAGUUGCUAUGA